UCCUGUCAUCCAGCAGCGGCAGCAGUUGCAGCAGCACGGUGGGCGGGGGACAGACAGACAGAAGGACAUACAGACAGAAGGACCAGGUGUGCUUCAUACAAAACCGAGGUGUCGGUUGACCGAUAUUUCACAUCUUUAUGACACGUGAACACCGCCCUCGUUCACAUCUGGAGCUCGCGCUUGAUAGUGAAACUACUCUUCCUCGUGGACUCGUGAUGUGUAGCGGAGAUAACUUAUGAAGUGACCGGCGGUAGCGUCUCACCGGUGGAGCCGUCGGUGCUGUGCUGGGCUGCAGGAGCCGGACUCAGUUUGAAGCUGGCAGGCGUAGGGAGAGGCGGUGAGCAUGGAUGAGCCGGGCAGCAGGAACAGCAGCCUGCAGAGGAAGAAGCCACCAUGGCUCAAACUGGACAUCCCCACCAUCCAGCUGACACUGGAUGACUCACCCACACACACAGAGCCAGUAAAGCGCCUGCGCAGUGUCAGCAUGCCGGGGGAAAAUCCUCAGGCCUGCAUCACUGCCUUGGAAACUUCCAACAACUACCUCAGACCUCCUCUGGAGAGGAAGCCCUCCAUCACACAGUCUAUCAAGAGGGGUACGGCUGACUGGUUCGGGGUGAGUAAAGACAGCGACAGCACCCAGCGAUGGAGGAGGAAGAGCCUGCAGCACUGCAGCCAUCUGUACGGGGGUCUGAAGGCUCAGGUGAUGAGGGAAAUGGAGCUCCACAGCCAGGACAACCUCUCCCUGGCCAGCACUGAGACCCCUCCUCCCCUCUACCUCCCACCACACCACCCCAGUCACCACUAUGGCAUGCAGAGGAUCGUAGACCCUCUGGCUCGGGGUCGUGCCUUCCGCAUGGUGGAAGAGGUAGACGGCCUCAGUGUCCCGCAAACUCCCAUCACACCCGGCACCGCCUCGCUCUGCUCCUUUUCAAGCUCCCGCUCAGCCCUCAACCGGUUGCCACGACGACGCAAACGGGAGUCUGUUGCUGUCAUGAGUCUCAAGGCUGCAGCAGCACUUAUGAAGGGCCGGACAUUAGGCGAGAACACCCCUGGACGACAUCGCAGACGGAGUUUCAUGCCUCCUAGUUUCUUUGAAGACGACACUGUGGACUUUCCUGAUGAUCUGGACACUUCCUUCUUCACCAGAGACGGCCUGCAGGAUGAGUUGUCCAGCUAUGCGGAUGAGGUUUUCGAGACACCAUCGGAGGCUGCCCUCAAACAGCUGGAUGAAAGCGAGCUCACAGGAAGCGCGCUUGAUAAGAAUGAACUGGAGAGGAGUCACCUCAUGCUGCCUUUGGAGCGAGGAUGGCGGAAAACAAAAGACGCCUCUGUGGUCCAACCUAAAGUGCGUCUGAAACAGGAGGUGGUGAGUGUCAAUCAGCAGCGGGGACAAAGGAUUGUGGUUCCUGUUAAGAAGCUGUUUGCCCGAGAGAAGAGGCCGUAUGGACUCGGCAUGGUCGGUCGUCUCACAAACCGGACGUACCGCAAGCGCAUCGACAGCUUUGUAAAGAGGCAGAUUGAGGACAUGGAUGAUCACAGGCCUUUUUUCAGCUACUGGAUCACAUUUGUCCAUUUGCUCAUCACCAUUCUGGCUGUGGCUAUCUACGGCAUUGCCCCUGUGGGCUUCUCGCAACACGAAACUGUUGAUUCUGUGCUGAGGAACAAAGGGGUUUAUGAAAAUGUUAAGUUUGUGCAACAACAAAACUUCUGGGUGGGACCGAGCUCAGAGGCACUGAUCCACCUGGGAGCUAAGUUUUCCCCGUGCAUGCGUCAAGACCAAGAGAUCCAGAAACUGAUCCAGGAGAAGAGAGCGAGGGAGAGAGAGUCAGGCUGCUGCGUGAGGAACGAUCGCUCCGGCUGCCUGCAGACUGUACAAGAGGAGUGUUCGAGUACCCUGGCAGUGUGGGUGAAGUGGCCUCAGCACCCUAGUGCUCCCCAUCUGAAUAGUGAACCACGCCAGCAUGGUUCAGUCUGCCAUCAGGACCCCAGAAUUUGCCUGGAGCCAGCCUCAGUUUCACCUCAUGAGUGGCCUGAUGACAUUACCAAGUGGCCAGUUUGUACAAGGUACAACUCUGGGAAUCACACCAACCUCCCCCACAUAGACUGCACCAUCACAGGCCGGCCCUGCUGCAUUGGAACCAAAGGACGAUGUGAAAUCACUUCCAGAGAAUACUGUGACUUCAUGCACGGCUACUUCCAUGAGGAGGCUACUCUGUGCUCACAGGUGGCUUGUAUGGAUGAUGUGUGUGGUUUGCUGCCUUUUCUCAACCCAGAGGUCCCAGACCAGUUCUCCAGACUCUGGCUGUCUCUCUUUCUUCAUGCUGGGAUCCUGCACUGCUUGGUGUCGGUGUUGUUCCAGAUGACGGUGCUGAGGGACCUAGAGAAGCUGGCUGGCUGGUUGAGAAUCUCCAUCAUCUACAUGCUAAGCGGCAUCACUGGAAACUUGGCCUCAGCCAUCUUCCUGCCUUACAGAGCCGAGGUGGGUCCUGCAGGCAGCCAGUUCGGUAUCCUGGCCUGUCUGUUUGUGGAGCUGUUUCAGAGCUGGCAGAUCCUCGAGCGACCGUGGUGGGCGUUUGCCAAGCUGCUGGCCAUCUCAGUCUUCUUCUUCUCCUUUGGUUUGCUUCCAUGGAUUGACAACUUUGCCCACAUCUGCGGCUUUAUAUCGGGAUUCUUCCUGUCCUUCGCCUUCCUGCCAUACAUCAGCUUCGGGCGUUCUGAUAUGUACCGUAAGCGGGUACAGAUCUGUGUCUUCUUGCUGGUCUUCCUGGGUCUGCUGUCCGCGCUGGCCGUUCUCUUCUACGUCUACCCCGUGAAGUGUGACUGGUGCGAGUACCUCACCUGCAUCCCGAUCACCGACAAGUUCUGCGAGAAGUACGACCUGAACGCGCACCUCCUCUGAAAUGUCAGCCGGACUGUCUCUGGACGUGCACUGAAGCUGGACUGGUCACAACAUUUCAAAAUGCUGGAUGGUGAUGUAGCUGAGAUAUGCAUAUUUAGAUACAGCGCAGCUUGUGACUGGGCAGGAUCAUUUCUCCUGGAAUAACGAGCAGCAUUUCAGGAUUUUAUAUUGAGAUAUGACUUUCAGAUGUGUUUGCUGAAGUGUUUGGAACGAUGAAACAGACCGUCGAGACAGACAGAUGAAUAAAGGCUACAGGUGAAAGCCUCCAGGCGUCUGCAUGAGAACAAAACUUGACUGAAAAGGAAUAACAAUUGAUCAAUGUGAGACUGAUCUAUAGCUGGGCUAAUCAGUGACCAGUCACACCAGAGGAGAGUUACAAAGGCAACUGUUCCCUGCCAAAUUCUCUACCUGUCUUCUUACGUGACUUAGCAGCACCCCUCAGUGGCCAAAAGGAGCAGUACACCCUGUCACAGUGUCACAGAGGACGAGCUGGGGACUUUUGUUUUGUACUUUUUUUUACUGAUGUCCAGACAGUUUACUGGAGUUUCUUAGAGUUAAAACUCGGACUCUAAAAUGCUUCAAAGUGCCUUAUUCUCACUCACAUUCACUCACACACACACACACACGUUGUCUUUUUGUGCCAUGUUUCAGUUUGUGUCAACAGUUUCUGUUAGACACUGAAACCUUUGUAGGGUUAGGGUUAGGGUUAACCCUAACUGUAUUUCACAAUCUGACAAAACCAUGUAAACUAUGUUUUUACACAGCCUUUAAUGCACUUCUUUCACAGAUGGGUUUUUUUUUUAUAUUCACCCUGUGUUACAUGUAGAGAACACAGUUGUAUGUUAAUCUGCUGCAUUGUGAAUAACUGUUACGGAGGUGAAUUUGUGUGUUCUCUUUUUCUUUUUUUUUUAGUCAAAGUGGUUGCGUUUUAGCUACCAGACAAUAAACACAACAAGACACAAAGAUUGGCUCAUUUUUUAUGUCUGUGUGUUUUUCCACAGAGGAAACGUCCAGAAAACUAACCUACACUGCUCCAGGCGGCGCUUGGAUUCACAGCCCCUGCAUCACUCUGCAGGUUACUGUCUUGUAAGUAUCGCACACUGACCGACUGCACCACUGGAGCCUGCAAACUCACUCUUCACCACAAUUAUAUUUUAAAAAAAAUAUUUUUAAACAGUAUUGGAUUAGAUCUAAUUUGAAAUGCGACAACAAAUUGUUGAAGGCUAUAUCCAUUCAAAGUUUAUUAAAUUGAAACUGAUCUGAGAGGCUGAAAGUAAAAACACAGUCGCCAGCUGUGGUCAAACUGGUCAGUUAUCUAGAGGUUGGCUUUAGUUUCUUGGUCUCCUGCUAAAUGUCUUCUUCAAGUCCUUAUUGAAAACAGUGAUUUAUGGUACUAGGGUGAACUGACUACACGUGGUGCUUAUAAGACAGGAUGUGCAGGGUGACACGGAGGGUGUGAGUCCGAGCCUCAUCUGGAGCAGCACAGUUUAACCAUCGAGGUUUGAGGAGGAAAAAUAAUUACUGGAAAUGCACACCUGAACUGAUCACAAGACACAACUAUUAAUCGCACAACUGUUCUUAACUACAGCUCCUUAAUCAAGUAUCUAAAUAAAAAUAUAAAUAAAUAAUGUCUUGGAAAGAGAAAAUAAAAAUGAACAUAGCAUCUUAAAUGUUAGAUUUAUUUCCUGUAAAUCGUCAGUCCAUAUGUAUUUAUGAGCAAACACAAUGGUACUGUAAUAUUGUUGGUGUACACGUUAAUACCAAUAAGAUUUCAGCUUUGAACAACUCAAUUACGAGUUACCUCAACAUGCUGCACUACCUAUUUAAUAUAUCACCUUCUUGAAUGUUUCGCAACAGACCUUUUUCAUGUCAGACAUUUUGCCUUGACAUAGUUGGAAAAGUUUCAGGAUCCUGGCAUUGUGCGUGUGGGCUCACUGCCAUGACUUACGUACUUACUUACAUUGUUAAUGUUAUUAGUUCCACUAGUGCUGUCUCUGCUAUGAUGACUCAGAACGUCUGCUUUAAAAUAAGUCAUACUGUUCAACCUGAGCAGCUACAAGGCUUUGCUUGAGAGUGCAAACAGAUCAAGGUAGAGCUGUAGUAGCCGUUGUUGUGGGGCACUCUGAAUAGUGGUACAACUGAACAUGUAAUUGUGUAUUACCAAAGCUCACCUUGAACACUUCACACAAUACAAUAAUGAGGUCUUUCAGGACUUUUUGAAGUGUACCCACAUGUCCUUGAAAAAGAAGUCCUUAUAAACCCUUGUGUAAACAGGGUUCUCCAAAGAGACUAUUAUUGUUUUUCUCCUUGUGAGCAAACAUAAGAUGCUUUCUUGCUCCCAUAGAAUCCCUGACAGUUCUGCUGCAUUACUGAAUACAUGAGUUUCUGCCUGUUACCUGAGGAAGAAAU